AUGAAAGUCAGUUUAAAACUAUUUUUAUCUAUCUAUCUAUCUAUCUAUCUAUCUAUCUAUCUAUCUAUCUAUACUAUCUAUUUCAACCUAUUCAUAUCUAUCUAUCUAUCUAUCUAUCUAUCUAUCUAUCUAUCUAUCUAUCUUCAUCUCAAUCUUAUAAAACUAUCUAUCUUUGUUCAAAUCUAUCUAUCUAUCUAUCUAUCUAUCUAUCUAUCUAUGUUCAAAUUUAUCUAUAUUUUUUCUGCUCGUUAUCUAUCUAUCUAUCUAUCUAUCUAUCUAUCUAUCUAUCUAUAUUUCAUUCUGCUCGUUAUCUAUCUCAGUCUAUUCAUAUUUAUCUACCUUUCUCAAUAUAUUCAUAUCUGUCCAUCUAUCUCUCUAUCUAUCUCUAUGCGAGCACACAAACAUCUCGCAUACAUACAUACAUACAUACAUAUCAUCUAUCUAUCUAUCUAUCUAUCUAUCUAUCUAUCUAUCUAUCUCUCUCUCUCUCUAUAA